AUGGAUUUAGGUCCAUGUGAAGAUGGUGAUGGGUUCGUAGAGAAAGAUCCAACAGGUAGGUAUGUUAGGUAUGAUGAAAUCUUGGGAGGAGGAGCAAUCAAGACAGUAUAUAGGGCUUUUGAUGAAGUUGAUGGAUUUGAAGUUGCAUGGGAUCAAAUAAAUAUCGAAGAUGUAUCUCCAAAACAACUGGAAAGAUUGACUACUGAGGCUCGCAUACUGAAGUCAUUGAAAGACAAGAACAUCAUCAAGUUUUAUGAUUUUUGGAUGGAUGAUAAGAAGAAGACUCUUAACAUGAUAACUGAGAUAUUCGUUUCUGGGAGUUUGAGUCAGUAUUGCAAGAAACAUAAGGAUGUUAAUACAAAGGCUAUUAAGAACUGGGCCAGGCAGAUUCUUCGAGGUUUGCACUAUCUACAUACUCAUGAACCUCCUAUUAUUCAUGGUGAUUUGAAAUGUGAUAACAUAUUUGUUAAUGGAAACAAUGGAGAGGUUAAGAUUGGAGAUCUUGGAUUGGCCAUUGUUAUGCAACAGCCUACAGGUUUAAGUGAUUUAGUUACUCCAGCAGAUAUGGCUCCUGAACUUUGUGAAGAGGAAUACAAUGAGCUUUUCGAUGUUUAUUCUUUCGGCAUGUGCAUGUUAGAGAUGGUUACUUGUGAACAUCCAUAUCCUGAUUGCAAAAAUCCAGAACAGAUAUACAAGAAGGUUAUCUCAGGCAUAAAGCCGGCUUCUCUUGACAAGGUGAACGAUCCCCAAGUAAAGCACUUCAUAGAGAAGUGUCUACUUCCAGUCUCUUUAAGAUUGCCAGCAGUAGAGCUCUUGAAAGAUCCAUUCCUAGCAACCGAAAAUUCAAAAGAUACUAUUUCUGGUUCUAUGAAGCUACCAAAGAAUCUUAUGCCCAAACAAGGGAUCAACUUGUCACAUUCAGAAUCCCAUUCGAUGAGCAUUGACAAGAAGCAGCUUUUGGUGGGAUCUUUUAAAGAAAGUAUCAAUGAGCAGCUCCAGCUUUCAACUCCAGAAAUUUGCAAGUUCACCGAGAAAAAUGAAUUCAGAUUAAGAGGGGGCAAGAUCGACAGCAAUACAAUUUCAUUGACUUUGAACAUUACGGAAACUUCAAGUGGUCAAGCAAGGAAAGUGGAGUUUUCCUUUUAUCUUGAUUCGGAUACUGCAGUUUCAGUAGCUGAGGAGAUGGUUGAACAACUUGAAUUGUCGCUUGAAGAUGUAGCUUAUAUUGCUGAGUUGAUUGAUAGCUUGGUAUUAAAGUUGGUUCCUAGCUGGAGAACUCCAUGUGGAAGCAUCGCGAGUGCACCUGAGAGGCAUCCUGAUUGCUUACAAUCUGUCAGAGAUCAAGAGACCCCACAAUCAAUUAAUUCAGAAAUAUCUGCGGAACAUGAUGUGACAACUUCCUCUUGUGCCAGCACUAGCAAGCCUUUGGAACCUUCUCAUUGCAGUCUUCAAUUGAAUUCUAACAAUUUGGGUUCAGAUUUUAGGAUGCUUGAUGAUGGGCAUCUACCAGAACAAAAAAAAUCUGCAAGAAAUUUUGUGGGCUCCUUUAUUGGUUCAUGCUUUGGCAUGAAAGAUAUGAGAGCUUGUCCUGCAUCUGCUAUCCAAACCAAGCAGAAGAAGUUGGCAAGCUAA